UUGCCAUUGCCCCAAAUGGAGCCUUACAGCUGGCCAGUCCAGGCACAGAUGGAGUACAGGGGCUUCAGACAUUAACCAUGACAAAUUCAGGCAGUACUCAACAAGGUACAACAAUUCUCCAGUAUGCACAGACCUCUGAUGGACAGCAAAUACUUGUGCCCAGCAACCAGGUGGUUGUACAAACUGCAUCAGGAGAUAUGCAGACAUAUCAGAUCCGUACCACACCUUCAGCUGCUUCGCUACCACAAACCGUGGUGAUGACAUCUCCCGUAACCCUUACAUCUCAGACAACUAAGACAGACGACCCCCAACUGAAAAGAGAAAUAAGGUUGAUGAAAAAUAGGUAG